AUGGCUGGCGUGGACGGACACUACGACAAUGACGACCGACCCGAACCCAGCAGCAGCAAGAAGACGUCCAUUUGGCAGCGCGUGACGCGGCGCCGACGAGCCUCGGCGACACCGGACGAGCGCACGCCGCUGCUGCCCGACUCGCCGACGUCGGUGGACAGCGUCGCAGCCGCCAAGCAGCAGCUCAGCAGUCGACGGGUCAUCGAGCCCAUUCACCUCGUCUACAUCGCCGCCUUCCUCCUGUUCAUGACCUACAGCUUCACCCAAGCGUCGCUGACCUACUCUUUCCGCGUGUUCACCUGCGAGGCGUACUACGAAGAGGAGGGCCACGAGUGGAACGGCAUCGGCGAUAGAUGCGAUGCCGGCCCGGUGCUCAACCGAGUGGCCAAGAGCGUGUCGUUGAUGGGCGCGCUCAUCACAGGCUCGAUGUUCUUCAACCUCUUUCUCACGACGUGGUUUAUCGAUCGAUUCGGAAUCAAGGCGGCGCUGUUCCAGCAGACCAUUUGGGGAGCAUUCCGCAACCUAUGCCAGAUCUACGCCAUCAGCAUCGGCGGCUCGCGCGGCAUCUGGAUCAUCCAGGCGACGCAGCUCUUCAACCUCAUCGGCGGCGCAGGCGGGUCGCAGCUCGCGGCCAACGCGUACAUCGACGCGCUGAGCAGCGAGGAGGAGCGGACGGGCAACUUUGGUCGAAUCUCUGGCGUGUUCAUGCUCGGCGCGGGCAUCGGCAGCACGAUCGGUGGCCUCGCGGAACAAUGGGGCGGCCUCAUCCGGCCAUUCCAGUGCGCAUUUUUCCUGCUCGUCUUCUGCACAGUGUACGGGUUCCUCUUCCUGCCCUACAUCCCGCCCGCCCAUGGUGCUCCCAAGGCGGCCAGCACCGAAGGCGAGGGGGACGACGAGGAGCAGCAGCAGCCAGAGACCAAACGCCCCGGCAUGCUCGCACCCCUCGCCGUCUUCAUUCCACGAAAGGUGACCAUUACGACACCCGAGGGCAGCACGGCGACAAAGACCGACUACAAUGUCUUCCUCCUCGGGCUGGGCACGUUCGUGUCCGUCCUCGCGACGUGGUAUGUCCAGACGGCGCUCCAGCUCAUCUCCCAAAACGUCUUUGGCUUCAAGCCCGACGCGUCCGGCUUCAUGAUCACCACGACACAGCUCACACGUGCCUUCUUCCUCACCGUGUGCUUCCCGCGCAUCAUCCGAUGGGGCAGGCGGUGGGUCGCGAGCUCCGACUCGGCACCACCAAGCGAGACGCCGACGCCGCGGCCCUCGUCCCCCGUCCCCGCCGCCGAGCACCAUGUUCCGCCCGCUGCUGUGACACGGCGCCGCUCCAGCACGACCCUGCACUCUGGGUUCAAGCGCAUCCGCCGCCCGUCUGGUCUGGACGAACAUCCCGAGUUGCUCGAGCAGGCCGAGCUCCCCGACCCCAUCACUGGUGAGCCGCAUGUCGGGCUCGAGCUACCCGAGGUAGUGCCCGAGAACAACAAGCGCCUGGCGAGUGCGUUCGACCUCUACUUCCUGCGUGGGAGCAUCCUACUCGAUGGGCUCCUCACUGGUGCCGUGACCUUUGCCACCGAGCGCUGGCACCUGUACGCUGCGGCCUUUAUCCUCCCCUUUGCCUCUGGGACGUCGCCGGCCGCCCGAGGCGUCAUCAUGGACUUUGUUGGCAACGAUCUCCGCGCAGAGGUGUUGUCUGGGAUUGCGCUGAUCGAGAAGAUUGCCCAGGUGGUCACCAUCAGCAUGUUUGGCGUCGUGUUGCCCAUCCUCGCAGAUAUCGAGCGGCCCAUGUGGAUCUUUGCUGUCGACGCCGCUGUGGCCGUCGUUGCCUGGUUUAUCCUCAUCCCAGUGCAGACGCCAAAGAGGGUGCAGCUCGUGGGCGGGGUGAGCACAUAG